AGGUGGUGGCGUGACGUCACGGCUCGAGUGGUAGAGAUGCAGUGAUGACUGUGUAGUGGGAUGAAGUGAACUUGCGAAUGGAUACGAGGUGUAAUAUGCCAGUUCACUUGUUGCUAAUUCUAUUUUAGGAUUUUUAGAAGAAGGAAAUAUACGAGGUUCCCAAAAGCUGAAAGCCAAAUUGGAGGAGUGACAGAUUUCAGUCAAAAGUCAACAACAGUGACCCAUAACUUCUUCAUCUGGGAUCAUGGAGGAGGAGGUGGGACAGCAGAGUCGGGAGUGUGUCCAGGCCAAUCAGAUCUUUCCAAGAAAGCCCCCUGUCCUUGAGGAGGAGGAUCUACAGUCACCUUCCGCAAUUGAAAGCUGAAUUGCUGCUCAAUUAGUUCCAGUCUGUGUUUGUUCCCAUGGAUGCUCUGAUAGUGCCUGUCAGAUGGAAGCAGCCUAAAGUGUCCUGGUUAACAGAUGUCCUUGGUGAUCUUUAUGGCUGUCCUCAGGCAUCAUUUCAGGCAUCACUGUGGAGAGGGUAGUUUACCUCUGAUGAUCAGCUCAGCUGAUCCCACCACUGUCUGAAAUGCAGACACUGCCUAGUGUCCAUUUGAGGUCACUUGGACACCAAGGAAUUUGAUGCUGCAAACUCUUUCUCUGUAUUAUUGAUGGAGAGGUUGUCAUCUGAGCAUCAAGCAUCUGGGCUCAGACAUCCUUUCUCUAGGACAUUUCAUCAGCCAUUGUACCUGUGGCCUCCCUGUCAGAAUGUCCAGGAUCCAGUUGCACAGGUGCCCUUCCCAGAGCUGCAUGGAGAGUUUACAAAGUAUGUGGGGAGGGCAGAGGACGCAGUCAUUGCCAUGUCCAGCUACCGUCUACAUGUCAAGUUUAAAGAGUCUAUAGUCAAUGUUCCUUUGCAGUUAUUAGAAAGUGUGGAAUGUCGGGACAUGUUCCAGCUCCAUAUCAUGUGCAAGGAUUGCAAGGUUAUAAGGUGUAAGUUCUCCACAUUUGAGCAGUGUCAGAAGUGGCUGAAGAGGCUUUCCUUAGUGACACGACCACCUUCUCAGCUGGAGGAGCUUUUCUCUUUUGCUUUUCAUGCCUGGUGCAUGGACUCUUACAGCAGUGAGAAGGAGCAGCACAAUGAGCACUGCAGGCCAGGAGAUCAUGUUAUCUCGCGGUUUCACAGUGAAGUGAAACGAAUGGGCUUUGACACUCAGAAGGCGUGGAGGAUAUCAGAGCUCAAUGAUAAAUACAAGCUGUGUUCCAGUUACCCGCAGCUAGUUGUUGUACCAGCCUGGGUCACUGAUAAGGAGCUGGAGAAUGUGGCAGCCUUUCGCUCCUGGAAAAGGUUUCCGGCUGUGGUCUACAGGCACCAGAGUACAGGCACAGUGAUAGCACGCUGCAGCCAGCCAGAGGUGAGCUGGUGGGGCUGGAGAAAUGCAGAUGAUGAGCACCUGGUACAAGCUAUUGCCAGAGCAUGUUCCAUGGACAGCAGCUCAAACAAAACAAUCAGAAAUCGGUCAUUCUCCUGUGACUUCCAAAAUGGCCCUGAUCUCUCAGAUGUUGAAUUUGACUCCUCCAUGACAAACAGUUCAGAGGUGGAUUGCUUGGCCAUCCAACCUCAUAAGCUCCUGAUUUUGGAUGCCAGGUCUUAUGCUGCUGCAGUGGCCAAUAGAGCCAAAGGAGGAGGCUGUGAGUGUCCAGAAUACUACCCUAACUGUGAAGUGCUCUUCAUGGGCAUGGCUAACAUCCAUUCCAUCCGCAAGAGUUUCCAGUCUCUGCGAAUCCUCUGUGCUCAAAUGCCUGACCCUGCCAACUGGCUGUCUGCUCUGGAGAGCACUAAGUGGCUGCAGCACUUGUCUCUCCUACUGAAGGCUGCUCUGUUAGUGGUGAGCGCUGUGGACCGUGACCACAGGCCCGUGCUAGUGCACUGCUCAGACGGAUGGGAUCGUACACCACAGAUAGUGGCACUGUCCAAACUCCUGUUGGACCCUUACUAUCGCACAAUAGAGGGUUUUCAAGUCCUGGUAGAGAUGGAAUGGCUGGACUUUGGUCAUAAGUUUGCUGACCGCUGCGGACAUGGAGAGAAUGCAGAGGACCUGAAUGAGCGAUGUCCAGUGUUUCUGCAAUGGCUUGACUGUGUGCACCAGCUCCAGAGACAGUUCCCCUGCUCAUUUGAGUUCACUGAGGCCUUUUUGGUGAAGCUCGUACAGCACACAUACUCCUGUUUGUUUGGCACAUUCUUGUGUAACAGUAAAAAGGAAAGAGAAGACCAACACAUCCAGGAGAGAACUUGUUCUGUGUGGUCUCUGCUGCACCCAGCUAACCGCUCCUUCAAAAACAUGCUCUACUCAUCACUCUCAGAGACAGUUUUGCAUCCUGUGUAUCAUGUGCGUAACUUGAUGCUAUGGACUGCAGUGUACCUGCCUUGCUCAUCUCCCACAACACCCUACGAUGAAUCGUGUGUCUCCUAUGAUCUGUGUGGUGCCAACCCUGAAGGCCAGCCUCUGUUCAGGCAUCCCAAAACCCGAUCUUUUGAUAACUUGCCCAGUGCAUGUGAAGCUGGAAAUUCUCUGCCCCCUAACAGACGUUCCAGUGACCCCAGCCUGAAUGAGAAGUGGCAAGAGCAUCGCAGAUCACUGGAACUCAGCAUAAUGGCAGGAACUGAUGGCACCAGGCUACAGGGCACAGAGGAAUGGCCAAAUGGCCAGUUGGUGGCUGGACUUAACAAAACUACACUGCAUAUGGGGACAGAGGAGUGUUCUCAAGCUAUCAACUGUGUAAGGUUGCUAUUAGGUGAGGGAGUGGAGGCUGAGCUUUCAGUGGACAUGGCAAUGGGACAGAUAGAGAAUAUUUUGCAAGAGGCUACUGCAGACAGUCUCAGAGAUGCUAAAGCUGAGCAUGCUAACAAUCAUGUUAUUUCCAAUGAUACUGAGAAUCAAUACAAUACUGAUAACGAUUUGACUGUGGUUGAGAGAAAUGGUGUUGCCUAUGGCUUUGAGGUGUCUAAAGAUGAUUAUGCUGAAGAUGACAGUGGUGAAAGUCUAACUAGGACAAAAAUCAUUAAUGUUCAAUGUUCUGUGGUGAAUGAGAAAUCAUGUGAUUCAGUGGGUCAGUCAUUUCAUUCCCCAGAUGAAGUUAAAGCCACUGAAUACAAGAAAUCAGUCCAGAUUGUUUUGAACAAAUGCACAACAAAGGAGGCCCAAAAUCUUCAUAGCAGUUUUAGUCUUACUUGUGCUCCACCCACUGCCAUUAAAAAUGUCAGAAAUGGAUAUGGGGAAGAGGUCAACAAUGAGCAUAAACUUCUCUGUCCACUUCCAAAGAUUACCAGGCCUGUUACAGAGGUGGCUGAGAUACUUCCUUCUGUCCUGGAAAGCUCCACAGAAACCCUCACUGAAGAUUUGAGCAUCCAAUCUGAGACUUUUGUACCAUUGGCCAUUUCUGCACAGCCUAAAACUGAACCCACAUGCCUCAAACAUAGCCCGGAGUCUGAUCCUGAGCCCCAAAGUACUUCCAGAAUGCAAAAUGGCACCUGCAAGCAACCUUCCCUUAGUGGCUUGCGCCUCUCUUUUGCUUCUGCAAAACCCCUUCACUCCAUGUGUAAUGGUGACACCUCUGAACCUGUUCCUUCCACACCUCAACGGGCUCUUCUGAGUCUUAACAGCAGCUCCUCUGUUCAAUGCUGCAUGCAUUCGGGCCGCAGCCAUCUUGAUGACGAUGGCCUCAGCCUGCAUACAGAUGCCAUGCAACAGCGUCUGCUCCAGAUAGAGGCUGGCCACCAGUUUGAGGUUGAGGCACUCAAAAGGCAGGUGCAAGAGCUGUGGAGCCAGCUGCAGAGCCAACAUGCCAUCACAAAACAGCGCAGCCUCAACGGAGACCUAGGGAAUGAAAUGACCUCAGUUGCAGACAUUAACCUGGACCCAAACUGUCUGUCACACUGCAACACAGAGCUCUUCUCAGAGACUAGCUGGGAGCAAGUGGACAGACAAGACACUGAGGCAGUGACCCGGUGGUAUCCUGAUCAUCUGGCUGCACAGUGUUAUGGGUGUGAGAGAGGAUUUUGGCUGGUCACUAGGAAGCAUCAUUGCAGCAAUUCCUUAUUUUCCCCGUUUUCCCAUCAUAGACGCAAGGAUUGUAUGGAGGAGGCCUGGUACUGCGGUAAUGUGUUUUGUGCCAGCUGCUGUGAUCAGAAAAUUCCUGUGCCAAGUCAACAAUUGUUUGAGCCAAGCCGUGUGUGUAAGACAUGUUACAACAGCCUACAGUCCUCUGCACCUCCUUUGGAUCUGGAGUUUGACAAAUCUAUCAUGGCCAGCUCCAACUAAGCACUUCCCAGCACAUUUACAGCAGCUGGGGGUUAAAGAGUAGAAGUUUCUGAACACAAUUAUUUUUUGGGUAUAGCAGGAAGAAAAUGCAAUCCCCCCUUUUUGUGCAUCUUCUGCAUCUUGGGAAAUAAUUCUGUACAUGGAGUAAAAAGUGCCUGGAAGCAAGGUCUCUAAGGACUUUUCUGGGAAUAUUUUAAGCACUUUGAGUGGCGCAUUCAUGUAACUGACUGCUGGUUUGGAUAGCUGACACGCACAGAGGUUUAGUGAACUGCUGGACAUUUCUGAAGUCAGGGAUUGACUUGGGUUCUGCUAAAAUGUUGAUUUAUUUUGCUUUCACUUUUCCUCGAGUAUAGAUAGUAAAUUCUGCCAGGUUUCAUAGAGGGAUGUCUUGGGUUACACCAGUUCAAUUGGAGUAAAAUUGGAGUUUUAUGUGUGUCAUCAUCUCACAAAGUCAUGAUUUUCAUUGCUGAGAGUGUAUGGUGCUUUUUGAGUGAAACAAGGUUUGGUUCUAGGCCUAGCUUUGCUCUACCUGUUCAUUUAUUGCUGUUCUUUAUAAAUGAAAUGUUCUGAACUACCAGACACUCAUAUUUUUAGCAUUGCCUAUUGUUUACAUGCAGUUCUGUUCUUUUAAAUUUCCCAUUGGGAUGAAUAAAGUAUGCAUCUAUCUGUC